AUGCCUGCCAUCCGCGCAUUCAACCCUUUCGCCUCCUCACCCGCCGUCGCCAUCGCCGCCGACACCGUGCUACCGCCGAGUCCGCAGAUCCCGACACUGAGCCUGCCGACCAUCAAUCUGACUACUGCCACAGGCGAGAAGAGCAAGAUGGAGAAAACCGAGCCAUUGACCCUCUUCCAGCCACCUACGCCCUCCGAGCAGCGACGCAUUGCACGACAACAUGCCGCCUUCGGGCCAUUGGGCUCAAAGCAGCAUCUGUACUCUUCACGAUUCGUUGGAGAGGACUUCCCUGACCCCAUUGAGGACGAGCCGCCCUACUACUACUUGAUCACAACCUACAUCUCCUACCUCAUCCUGAUCAUUUUCGGCCACGUGCGAGAUUUCUUUGGCAAGCGAUUCAGGCCAGAGCACUAUAAACAGCUCAAGGAGCACGAUGGCUACGCCCCGCUCAACUCCGAUUUUGACAACUUCUACAUUCGACGACUGCAACUGCGAAUUAAUGACUGCUUCAGACGCCCCGUCACUGGUGUUCCAGGCCGCUUCAUCACCCUGCUGGACCGCAAGAGCGACGACUACAAUCUGUCUUUCAAGCUCACAGGCACCACCACCCAGACCCUCAACAUGUCCUCCUACAAUUACCUUGGAUUUGCUCAGUCCGAGGGUGAGUGCGCGGACGAGGCUGAGAAGACCCUGCGAAAAUACGGCAUCUCCUUCUGCUCACCCAGAGCAGACAUCGGCACAUCCGACCUCCAUGUCGACGUUGAGAAGCAGGUCGCCAACUUUGUAGGCAAAGAAGCAGCCACUAUCUACUCCAUGGGAUUCGUCACCAAUGCAACCAUCUUCCCUGCACUUGUCGGCAAGGGCUGCCUCUUGAUCUCCGACCAGCUCAACCACUCUUCCAUCCGAUUUGGCGCCAGAUUGUCCGGGGCGGUCAUUGACAUGUUCAAGCAUAACGACAUGACCGAUCUUGAGCGUCUGCUUCGUGAGCGCAUCUCUCAGGGCCAGCCAAGAACACACCGUCCUUGGAGAAAGAUCUUGGUGGCCGUCGAGGGUCUGUACUCUAUGGAGGGUACCUUGGCCAACCUGCCAGGUCUCGUUGCUCUGAAGAAGAAGUACAAGUUCCACCUUUACGUCGACGAAGCCCACUCCAUUGGUGCCCUUGGCCCACGCGGACGAGGGGUAUGCGACUAUUUUGGCAUUGAUACCGCCGAAAUCGACAUCCUCAUGGGCACAUUCACCAAGUCAUUCGGUGCCAACGGGGGAUACAUUUGCAGUGACAGAGCCAUCAUUGACAAGAUCCGAGUCACCAACGCUGGCACUCUCUUUGGUGAAUGCCCAACUCCUGCUGUCCUGGCCCAGAUCAGCUCUUCGCUCAGAAUCAUCGCCGGCGAGCUCGCACCAGGCCAAGGUGAGGAGCGACUCCAACGUCUUGCCUUCAACUCGCGCUACCUUCGCCUGGGACUCAAGCGAUUGGGGUUCAUCGUCUACGGUCAUGACGAUUCUCCAAUCAUUCCACUUCUGCUCUACCACCCAGCCAAGAUCCCAGCCUUCUCUCACGAAAUGCUGAAGCGCAAGAUCGCGGUCGUUGUCGUUGGCUAUCCAGCUACUCCGCUCAUCUCUUCGCGAGCACGAUUUUGCGUAUCUGCCGCACACACCAAGGAUGACCUCGACCGACUUCUGGCAGCUUGCGACCAAGCUGGAGAGGUACUGCAGCUCAAGUUCUCCUCUGGUAUCGCGGGAGGUCAGGAACCAAUCCCAGACGGCUUCACCAACAAAGAGGAAAUGGAAGUGCGCUCAUGCUUGGAGAGUGGUGGUCAGCCAGUAGUGGAGCCACCACGAUGGAAAGUUGAGGACGUCAUUCGUAGAGGUGUCGAGGAUGUCAAGAAGCCGCUAUGCUGA